UUGGCCGUUAGUUGUCCUGCAGGGGUACCAGGGUUUACCGCGACAUUUUCGCGCGGAAAGCCGGGCGUUAUUGAGCCGUGAAAACUGAAAAGUAACAUGUAAAUUUUGAAAAUUAGCAUAAGUGUAUCGUUUUAGUUCAUAUAUAGUGUUAUAUACAAAGUUUGUGCAAAGAAAAAUCUCUAAAAUUCGUGUAUUUGUGUUCAUAGUUGAGACAUCAAUACUGAUGCUCAAGGAAAUUUUGUUCAUUGCUAUUUGGAUUAAUUUGUGAAUGAUCAGGGUGAGGGACUCGCGCCGCAGCUGACCAGUCCCUCGCAUCAUGGCGCAACCUGGCUCCCCCGAUGACUGCACUGAAAAACGGAUGACCCUGAAACGGAAACGGAACUCUACUGAUGAUGAGGAGGUUGAGAACAUGCCCCCGAUGAAGAUGGCUCAGAAAUUAGAAGAAGACUUAAGCGACCAAGCAGCCCACAAUGUGGUUGUGGAAUCAACAUCCUCCAGUGACGAGGACACCCAGUUUGGUAACAUCGAGCAGCCAAGGAGUGUGUUCACCGACCUAGAAUACAACCCAGAUAGUUUCCUAAGCCCACCGAGUAUACCUGAACUGCCAAAUUGUGUGCUGAGCCCUCUGGAGAAUGUGGCCAGGGGCGACUCCACACCACACACUAACAAAAGGCCCAGCACUAGCAAGUUAGAAUACCCCCUCCCCAAACGCAAGUGCCCCCUCCCCGGGCUCUCCUGGGCGGACCCCAGCGACGUGUGGAAGGGAAUGUGCGAGUGCGACGCAAGAUCCAGCAUGAGGAAGAACCCCAGCAUGUUCGACAACCAUCCCAACUUGCAGCCUAGAAUGCGAGCGAUACUGCUCGACUGGCUUAAUGAGGUAUGCGAAGUGUACAAACUACACCGGGAGACAUUCCACCUGACCGUGGACUACGUGGACCGGUAUCUCUCCAACACGGACGACGUGCAAAAGGGACGGCUGCAGCUCAUUGGUAUCACUUGCCUCUUCAUCGCCGCAAAAGUCGAAGAAGUCUACCCACCGAAGAUCGGCGAGUUCGCGUACGUCACCGACGGCGCCUGCACCACCGACGAAAUCCUCCUCGAAGAGCUCCUCAUCCUCAAAAUACUAUCCUGGAACAUCACGCCUAUUACUAUAAACAGCUGGUUAAAUGUGUACAUGCAGCUGGCCAGUGAAGGGAGGAGCGCGAAGCGGAGAUUGAUAAGUGAAACCGAUGUGGGCGCGAACGCGUUACGAGGGUACACGUUCGUGUUCCCGCAGUACAGUUCGCUGGAGUUCGUGGUGUGCGGGCAGCUGAUCGACCUGGCCGUGCUGCACACGGACGUGAACCAGUUCUCGUACAGCGUGGUGGCCGCGGCGGCGAUCGCGCACGCCUUCGAUAAGGACCUGGCCAUUAGGGUGUCGGGCUGGACGUGGGAAGUCCUGGAGCCGUGCUACCGAUGGCUGGCGCCGUCCGUGGCCGUGGUGAAGGCCGAGGGCGCCGUCAGCGCCGUCCGCGGCGGCGACGGCGAGUUCCUGCAGCGCGCCGCCGGCCUCGACCUCAUCUGUCCCGACCUCAACGUGGACGAGAGCCAUCGCAUACAGUCGCACAACGUCACGCUCGACAUGUUUGUGAGUACCUCAUGUUGUGAGGACAAAGUGAUCCACUCGCCCACCGACGAGCCGUCCGUGUCCACGCACAUCCCCGCCGACAUGUACCCCCCCACGCCGCCGCAGUCCGACCAGAAGAGCCCCCCGCCGCCCACCAAGACCCCCUCCAGCUCCGGCAGGCCCGACGUGCGGCUGCACGCUGACGAAUAG